CUUGAGAGGUGUGGGGAGAAUAAGGGGAGCCCACAAGAAACAGGAGAUAUGUGUUUGUUUUUUUCUUUCUUGCCUCCCUCCUUUUGUUUCCUCUUCGAUAACCGCAUUGUUCAAUAGCAACGAAAGCGACAACAGCUGCCCCGUCACUUCUUGAUACAAAAAGGCUCGCUAGUACACAACGCAGAACGCAUAGCAUACCACCCAGCAUAGCAAACACUCCACGAUGCUAAGAUCACAGUUCAGAAACGUUUUGAGAAACGUAAAGCCCUUCCACGCGGGGGGCAAGAGAAGCGUGGCGUCGUCCACCCUUUCCUCGUCGUCCACCCACAGCAAGCAGCAAUCGAGAAGCUCCAGAGUGCUGGCUGCCUCGGUGGCCUCUGUGACAGCAGCAGCCGCUUCCUACUUUUUGGUCCAGCCUUCUCUUGCGAACGACGAAGCUGCAACCGCUUCCUCCAACAGAAAAAUUCCUGUCGAAGAGUUUGUGAAACACAACACCGCCGACGACUGUUGGAUUACGGUCAACGGUAACGUGUACGACUUGACCGACUUCAUUGACAUGCAUCCCGGUGGAACCACGCCUCUAAUCCAAAACGCUGGUCACGAUGCAACGGUCUUAUACAACAAGAUCCACCCAAAGGGUACUAUUGAAAACUUCCUUCCUAAGGAAAAGCAGUUGGGCGUCUUGGUUGGUGAAGCCCCAAAAAUUGAGAUCAUCAUUGAUGACAAGGAAAAGCACAGAUUAGAGCUGUUGGAACACUUGCCUGCGCUAUCCAGAAUCCAAAACAUUUACGACUUCGAAUACAUCGCAAGCAGGGUCUUGACUGAGCAGGCUUGGAACUACUACUCUUGUGGUGCGGAAGAUGAAAUCACAAUGAGAGAAAAUCAUUACGCUUACCAAAGAAUCUACUUCAGACCAAAGUGCUGCGUUAACGUCCAAGAUGUUGACACCUCCACAACUCUUUUGGGAUCAAAAUCUUCUGUGCCAUUUUACGUUUCUGCUGCUGCAUCUGCCAAACUCGGCCACGACGAUGGUGAAUGCUCCAUUGCCAGAGGUGCAGGUAAGGAAGGCGUUAUCCAGAUGAUUUCUUCUUUCUCAUCUUAUUCAUUGGAUGAAAUUGCAGAAAGUAGGAUUCCUGGUGCUACCCAAUGGUUCCAGUUGUACGUUAAUGAAGAUAAGGAUGUCGUCAAGAGAACUAUUAAAAAGGCCGAGGAUUUGGGCAUGAAGGCCAUUUUUGUUACUGUUGAUGCUGCUAACAGAGGUAACAGAGAAAAGGAUAUCAGAAUGAGAAUUACUGAAGACCACGAUGAAUUGGAUGAAGAUCAUUCUGUUAGAGCUGGUUCCACUUCUGGUGCCAUGCCUUCCUUCAUUGACAAAAGGCUGACCUGGGAUGAAGUCAAAGACAUUAUCGGCCUCACCAAACUACCAGUCAUGCUGAAAGGUGUCCAAAGAACUGAAGACAUUGAAAAAGCAAUUGAUAUUGGUUGUCAAGGUGUUGUUUUAUCCAACCAUGGUGGUAGACAAUUAGAUACUGCUCCACCUCCAAUUGAAGUCAUGGCUGAAUCCGUUCCAAUUUUAAAGGCUAAGGGUAAGUUGGACCCAAAUUUCAACAUUUUCGUUGAUGGUGGUGUCAGAAGAGGUACUGAUAUCUUGAAAGCUCUUGCAAUCGGUGGUAAAGAUUGCAAAGUUGCUGUGGGUCUCGGCAGACCUUUCUUAUAUGCCAACACUGGUUAUGGUGAAAAGGGUGUCAGAAAGGCCAUCCAAAUUUUGAGAGAAGAAAUGAAGGCCGACAUGAGAAUGUUGGGUGUCACUAAUCUGAACGAAUUGGACGAGUCUUGUAUUGACACUAGAAGAUUAGUGGGUAGAGACGCAGUCAACAAUGUCUUCAACAACAAUUACUACCCAAUGUCUCAGAUAAAGUUCAAGAACGAGUAGGUCAGAUAGACAACUCAUUGCAUCUUCCCACUCGAUAUCAUUCUCUAUCCUACCGCAUACAAAUAUUAUUCCAUUCUUCCUUUUCUUUGAGGAGAAAACAAUAUUAAAAAGAAAAUAACUUAAAAAAAUUACAAAAAAAUGAAAUAAAAUAUAUCAAGAAACGUGCAAAGGAAAUUAGUUCCGGUGGUAAUACUAUCAUUAUUAUUAUUCUUCAUCAUCUUUUUCCCUUUAAUUCUAUUUACUAUUGUUUUACACUGUAUAUUCCGGGUUUAUAAAAGAUUAAUUUGUG